AGCGCGGCCGCAGCCUCAGGCACUUCAGUUCCCGGGACGACCCGGGCUCUCGGGCGGAAGAGGCCCGAGCGGUGGUCGCGGAAGCCAAGGGGGCGUCGUGGACACCUUAGCGGUGGGACCCGCGGUCGAAACUCUGCCACCUCCUCCUCGUUCUUCGCCGGGCAGCCAUGAAAGACUCGCUGGUGCUGCUGGGCCGUGUCCCGGCGCACCCGGACUCGCGCUGCUGGUUCCUGGCCUGGAACCCCGCCGGAACCCUGCUGGCCUCUUGCGGGGGAGACCGCAGAGUCCGCAUCUGGGGCACGGAGGGUGACAGCUGGAUCUGCAAAUCUGUCCUUUCUGAAGGCCACCAGCGCACUGUGCGGAAGGUGGCCUGGUCUCCCUGCGGCAAUUACUUGGCCUCUGCCAGCUUUGAUGCUACCACUUGCAUUUGGAAGAAGAACCAGGAUGACUUUGAGUGUGUGAACAUUCUGGAGGGCCAUGAAAAUGAGAUCAAGUCAGUGGCCUGGGCCCCAUCUGGCAACCUCCUUGCUACCUGCAGCCGAGAUAAGAGUGUGUGGGUCUGGGAAGUUGAUGAGGAAGAUGAGUACGAAUGUGUCAGUGUCCUCAACUCCCACACACAGGAUGUUAAGCAUGUGGUCUGGCACCCGAGCCAGGAGCUGUUAGCCUCUGCCAGCUAUGAUGACACAGUGAAGCUCUACCGGGAGGAAGAGGAUGACUGGGUAUGCUGUGCCACCCUCGAGGGCCAUGAGUCCACUGUGUGGAGCUUGGCCUUUGACCCCAGUGGCCAACGUCUGGCGUCUUGCAGUGACGACCGUACGGUGCGCAUUUGGCGCCAGUAUCUACCAGGCAACGAGCAAGGGGUGGUGUGCAGCGGCUCUGACCCCAGCUGGAAAUGUAUCUGUACUUUGUCAGGCUUCCACUCCAGGACCAUUUACGACGUUGCUUGGUGUCAGCUGACAGGGGCGCUGGCUACAGCCUGUGGGGACGAUGCCAUCCGAGUGUUUGAGGAGGACCCGGGCUCAGACCCUCAGCAGCCCACCUUCUCCCUGACAGCCCACUUGCCUCAGGCCCAUUCCCAGGAUGUCAACUGUGUGGCCUGGAACCCCAAAGAGCAGGGGCUCCUGGCCUCCUGCAGUGAUGAUGGGGAGGUGGCCUUCUGGAAGUAUCAGCGGCCUGAAGGCCUCUGAGCCACCUGAGUCUGCACGGAAUCAUGCUUCCCCAGAAAAUGUCCAGGACUUACUCCACCCGAGAGGACCUGGAGGAGCAUCCGGCCUUUGAUGAACUGGGCUCUUACAUUUGGACCUGGGGAGCCGUGCUGGGCCACAGAACCACUCCCUCCCCUUCUCGACACAGGCCCUGGUGGAGACCUAUGAACAGCGGCACCUUGUGGCUGUGCCACAUUCUGCUUUAGGACGCAGUGUUCAAGUUUGUGGGGUGCAUUAACCAUUUGUAAUCACUGUCCAGGAGGGCUGUACCUCAGACCUUUCUGAAAUUACAAGCUUUAUAAAAAUAA